AUGGUCACCACCCGACGCGGCGCCGAUACCCAGAGCCCGCAGAUUGGCUCCGUGACUCGGUCCGCCCGCAAAAGGUUCAUUGACGACUCUGCUGCCUCGACUCCCACUCGGAACACCAAGAAGAGGAGGUCCGCUUCCGCCGACGAGCAGAGCAGCCAGGAAGACACACCCAAGCUCGAUCUGGCGAAGGACUCGGAUUCCUCUCGAAGCACGCCAGACUUGGCAGCAUCUGUUUCUACGCCUGUGCGACGCAGCACUCGCUCCCGCCAGCCGAAGAGCGCCGAUUCAAGCCAAGAGAGUGGACUGGAAACACCAACAGACACGCCCAAAGACGACGAGUCGGUGUACGGCACGCCAGCAGGAGAGGACACCCCGUCUGUCUACGCCACGCCGGCUACCAAUCUGCGUCCCGGGCUCCGUGGUGCUGCUUGCCCUUGUCCUCCACCAUCGGUGACACCAAAGCCCCGCACAGUCGAGGACGAAAGCGAAGAAGCAACCCCGAAGGCGAAUGCGCCCGACCUCGCCGCCAUGGAGAACGAUGAGUCCAAACCUUCUGCUUCUACGAGCACACAUAUCCGCUUCGGCAGCGAGGACCCCCCCGCCAUUCCCGAACCUGUUGCUGAGCCUGCGGAAGAGGAAGUGCCAUCCUCCACUGCUGAACAAGAGGAAGAAGAUAGCGAUGAUGAGGCUCCAGAGGCGCUUACAGCCAGCAGUGCCCGUGACCAGGCUCGCGCAGCUGAAGAGGAAGCUGCAAAGGCUGUUGAGAGGCAAGAAGCCGAAACCAAGCGCAAGCGCCAGGAGCGUGAGGCCCGCCUCCGCGAACAGGCCAUUGCCGCAAAGAAACGCAAACAAGAGCAAGUACCCAAGGAGAUCCCGGCCGAUGUUGCUUCCAGCGCCACCAUUCAGGCCUCAGACCCAUCUGCUAUCCUCAAGCCCUCCAAGCCCACUUACGACCUCCACAACCUCCCCGCUCUUCUUCCCGACGAUCUCCUUGCCGCUGCACCAGAGGUUCGUCCGGCCACCCCAGAGUCCGGGGAUGAAUCCGCCGAAGCCAAUUCUACGGCCAGGAAGGAAAAGGUGAACAACCACCUGAAGUUUUUGGAUGAGAAGCCGGCAAAGGAUGUCAAGAAGGGUCCGGUCAAGGUGCGGGUUUUGGAGAAGGGCAACAAGUUCUUGCCGCCCAAGGUUUCGACUUCUGGAAGCCGGAGUGUCAGGGAUACGUGGCUACAGGGCAGGAAAAUGAAAGAGGGAAAGAAAGGUUCUUUUGGUGGACUAGAGAGGAAGAAGAUUGGUGGGGGGUUCUUGAGGAAGUGA